UGAACGGAUGUCUCCACGUGAGUGUAUCAACAGCAUGAUAUUUAGCAUGUAAAUUCAGCUCUCGACUUGCUGCAACUACGUGAAGACUGAACAAAAAAACAAUUUGUGCCCAUCAGAAGCUGCAAUAAGACGAUGGCGACAGUCCGCAAGAAGGUCGACAACCGGAUCCGAGUCCAGAUCGAGAAUGGAGUCGCUCUGCAGCAUCGGACCAUAUUUGUGGUGGUGGGAGAUCGAGGGAGAGAUCAGGUUGUCAUUCUGCAUCACAUGCUGUCUAAAGCUGCAGUCAGAGCGAGACCCUCUGUGCUGUGGUGCUACAAGAAAGACUUGGGCUUCAGCAGCAAUCGGAAGAAGCGCAUGAAACAGCUGCAGAAGAAGAUCAAAACCGGCACGUUGAAUCUGAAUCAGGACGACCCGUUUGAACUCUUUGUCGCUGCAACCAACAUCAGAUACUGCUACUACAACGAGACACACAAGAUCCUGGGAAACACCUACGGCAUGUGUGUCUUGCAGGAUUUUGAAAUGCUCACUCCUAACCUGUUAGCGAGAACAGUUGAGACUGUAGAAGGAGGAGGUUUAGUGGUGAUUCUGCUGAGGACGAUGAACUCUCUCAAGCAGCUCUACACUAUGACUAUGGACGUGCACUCACGAUACCGGACCGAGGCUCAUCAGGAUGUGGUGGGAAGAUUCAAUGAGAGGUUCAUUCUGUCGCUUGCGUCCUGCAAAAACUGUGUUGUCAUUGAUGAUCAACUCAACAUCCUGCCGAUCUCCAGCCACAUGGCCAACAUCAAGCCCGUUCCCCCAAAGACGCAGGAGGACGGCUUAUCUCCACGAGAACAGGAGCUGAAGGAUCUGAAAGAGUCCCUUCAGGACACUCAGCCUGUGGGCGUGUUGGUGGAUCGCUGCAGGACCAUGGAUCAGGCUAAAGGAGUGCUGAAGUUCAUCGAGGCGAUCUCAGAGAAGACUCUGCGGAGCACCGUGGCUCUGACCGCCGCCCGCGGUCGAGGCAAGUCCGCAGCAAUGGGCCUGGCCGUCGCUGGAGCUGUGGCUUUUGGCUACUCCAAUAUCUUUGUCACCUCCCCGAGCCCGGACAACCUCCACACCAUGUUUGAGUUCAUCUUCAAAGGCUUUGAUGCUCUGCAGUAUCAGGAGCACCUCGACUAUGAAAUCAUCCAGUCUUUGAAUCCAGACUUCAACAAAGCCGUGGUGCGCGUGAACAUCUUCAAAGAGCACCGGCAGACGAUUCAGUACAUCCACCCGGGUGACGCGGUGAAGCUCGGCCAGGCUGAACUGCUGGUCAUUGACGAGGCCGCAGCCAUCCCUCUUCCUCUGGUGAAGAACCUGCUGGGGCCGUAUCUGGUUUUCAUGGCCUCCACCAUCAACGGGUAUGAAGGCACCGGUCGCUCUCUUUCCCUCAAACUGAUUCAGCAGUUGAGGCAGCAGAGUGCAGACAGUCAGCAGAGCAUGUCGGCAGAGAACCGAAGCAGCAACACAGAGAGGCUGGCAGCAGCUCGCUCUCUCCACGAGGUCUCUCUCCACGAGUCCAUCCGGUAUGCUCCGGGGGACGCUGUAGAGAAGUGGCUGAAUGACCUGCUCUGUCUGGACUGCCUGAACAUACCAAGGCUCAUUUCUGGCUGCCCACUUCCACAGACUUGUGACCUAUAUUAUGUGAACAGAGACACGCUGUUCUGUUACCACAAAGCAUCCGAGGCCUUCCUGCAGAGGCUGAUGGCCCUCUACGUGGCAUCGCACUACAAGAAUUCUCCAAAUGACCUGCAGAUGUUGUCUGAUGCUCCUGCCCAUCACCUCUUCUGUCUGCUUCCACCUGUUCCUCCCACACAGAACGCACUGCCUGAGGUCCUCGCUGUGGUGCAGGUUUGUCUGGAGGGAGAAAUAUCUCGACAGUCCAUCCUAAACAGUCUGUCCAGAGGAAAGAAGGCCUCUGGUGACCUCAUUCCCUGGACGGUGUCAGAACAGUUCCAAGACCCAGAGUUUGGCAGCCUCUCCGGAGGCAGAGUGGUGCGAAUAGCUGUCAACCCAGACUACCAAGGAAUGGGCUAUGGCUCGAGAGCUCUCCAGCUGCUGCAGAUGUAUUAUGAGGGCAAGUUUCCCACCAUAGAUGAGAGCACACACUCAAACCACAAUGAGAUCACCUCCGUCAGCAGUGAGGCUGUCAGUCUGCUGGAGGAGGUGAUCACUCCUCGGAAGGAGCUCCCUCCUCUGCUGCUGAAGCUGAGCGAGAGGAGAGCAGAGAGACUCGACUAUUUAGGAGUUUCCUAUGGCCUUACUGCAAAGCUGCUCAAGUUCUGGAAGAAAGCAGGUUAUACUCCAGUCUAUUUAAGACAAACCCCUAAUGACCUGACAGGUGAGCACUCUUGCGUAAUGCUGAAGGAGUUGAACACAGAUGAAGCCUCAGAGCAGAGCCAGUGGCUGUCUGCCUUCUGGAAAGAUUUCCGCCGGCGCUUCCUGUCCCUCCUCUCCUACCAGUUCAGCCGCUUCCAUCCGAGCCUGUCACUCAGCAUCCUGCAGAACAAGAUGUCCAAGGAGACGACGAGCACUCUCACUAGCUCCGAGCUGGCAUUCCAUUUCAGCCCUUACGACCUCAAACGUCUGGAGUUGUAUUCGAGGAGCAUGGUGGAUUACCACCUCAUCAUGGACCUGAUCCCAACAGUAGCUCGCAUGUAUUUCGUCAAGCAGCUUGGUGAUGUAUCUCUCUCAGCCGCGCAGUGUGCGUUACUGCUGGGUAUAGGGUUACAGCACAAGUCAGUAGAACAGCUAGAAAAAGAAAUUGAACUCCCAAGCUCGCAGCUCAUGGGACUCUUCAACCGUCUGAUCCGUAAAUUUGUGCAAGUCUUCACCAGCAUCCAAGAAAAGGCUAUUGAGGCACAGAUGGCAACCACUAAAGACGUCUCCAUGGAGCCGACUGUCAGAAGCCUGAAUGACGAUCUGAAUGAAGCAGCUAAGGAGUUUGAGGAGAGACACAAGCAGGACGUGGAGAAAGUGAAAGAAAUGGACAUGGAGGAGUACAGAAUCCGUGGAGAUGAUGAGGAAUGGGACCAGGUGUUGAAGAAAGCAGGGAACACAGCCAUCGUCAGCAUCAAGAGUGACAAGAAGAGGAAGUUGGAUGCGGACGCCAAAGCAAGCAAUGGGACUCCAGAGCACGGAAAACUAAAAAAGAAAGAAAUGCCACACAGCAAAUUUAAGAAAAACAAGGACAAACGUGGAAAAUUUGGAAAGAGGCCGUGAUUGUAAAUAGAUGUUGACAGGACUUUGUGUGUGGGCGAAAAGUAGGAUCAGUAUGAUCUCAAAAUCCAACAACUUUGGAUAAUCUUGGAUGGACACUUGCAAAUACUGGAGAGAACCCAAAAGACUUGAUAUCCUUUGAGUUUUUUUUUUUUAAUCUUUAGCAAAGUCUUUUUAAAAAAUCUGUUCUCCAUAUCAGCCGAAAAUAACACACUUGCACUUGCUCGAAAUGGGUGUCAUUUAAUAUCAGUUAUUUCAAUAAUUUUCACAUGAUUUUAAGUAUUCCCUUUUAGUUGAUGUCAUGAAUUACACAGAGACUUGUAAAAUGUUAAUGAAAACAUUUUUAAAACUGAAGACUGAGGUAUAUGAUUGGAUAUCAGUUCCACUGAACAGGUCACUUGAAUACCUGAGGCUGUAUGUAAGUCCACUUCUGUUUGAGCUGCUGUUUCACAGUAUCUGGUGCAAAGAUACAGUCUAUGGCCUGCUGGGACAGUUUCCAUAUGGCUUCACGACUGAGACCAAACGUAGAGGCUGCCAACUGAUAUUCCUGAGACAAGUCUGUACUGAAGACUCCCUUAUCAUCAGUCUGUAGAAUAAAAAAAGAACAGAAGUCAUUUAUGCUAAACUUUUGUUUUUUUUUUAGUAUAGUAUUCCAGUUAAGUUUCAGUUAAAAAAGUCAAAGCACAGCAUACCAUAGAAAGUAAUUAAAGUCAUAAUAUAGUGUCAUAGCAGUGUUAUAGCAUGUCCUCCAAAAUGGCAUUUUUCAUGAAUCUUGAAAAAUUGCCAUAACAUUGUAUGUUUUCAGAAAUCAUGACAAAAAACUUGAGUACAAUAUGUCAU